AUUUCUUUUGUUUAGUUUUUUUCUGCACAAUGAAAUAUCCCAGAUACGACAUGCUGGCUAAGUCAUAGACGACUUUAGGUCUAAAAUCGUCAAAUUGAGCACAAUAUCGAGCUUUGUCAACAGUUUAGCAUCUUGCACAUUCUUUCAAUUCCCUAAACCCUCCUUUUAUUUCACACAAAUCAGCAGUUCAACUUUGUAUCAACAACAAACAUCUGAGUGUGGUUCACCAACACAUUUCCUGUUGCUUUAACAAAAAAAGGCAGUUGUCAGAGAGCGACAGGAAAGCUGCCGUCCUGAGGUGAGUUCAGAAAUGAAGCUGUCACAUACGCCCAUUUAUACUGCAACUGCGCUCUAUUUCCUUUACUGAAUGUCACAGCGAAGCAGAUAAAUGAGUCAACUGAGACACCCAGUCUCUACAUGUGCUACACGUGCAGCUCAAUGGAAGAUGUGGCUGUUCAAGGUCUUCAGUGUAAUAUAUGCGGUUGCUGUUUGUGCUUCUGAGGAUAACGAUGCAACCACCUACAGUUAUAGAGAAAGUGAAUCGACAGCACCUCCUCCUUUUGAGCCUCCGGUACCAGUUCUGGAGCGAACGUCCUCCUGGUCAGACGUCUUCUCUUCUGAGAAAGUAGUGCUAGAAUGUAAAGCCACUAGCAGCUCAGAGCUGAUCAUCACAUGGAAGAAAGAUGGAAGCCCUCUAGGUCCAAAUCUGUCUCUGUCCCCAGAUAAGUCAGUGCUUACAAUCACAGCGUCAUCAACACAAGAUUCUGGAAAUUACACCUGUGUGGUUGAGGGCAAAAAGAAGCCCAGUCAAACUAAAGAAAGUGGACCUGUCAAAAUUAAAGUUUAUGCAAGCACACCCAAGCCCACACUUGCACGAGAUUCAGACUUUGGCGAGAUGUUCCCCGGCGAAUCCAUCACUUUGACCUGCAGUGUUGAUGUGUCGUCUGGAUGGGAGUACCUGUGGCACAAUGAUCAACACCAGAUUUCAGGAGUUAAUACUAAGUCGUAUACCAUAAAUUCUGUAAUGACUCAAAACAGUGGACAGUAUUAUUGCCAAGGCAAAAGAGAUCAGUUUCUUACACAUUUAAGUGAGAGCACAACUCUUAAAGUUAUUGACCCACCAACACCAGGUCUGCAGCUUCAGACUGCCUGGAAAGAUGUGUUUGAAGGUGAGGCGGUGGAAUUUCACUGUCACGUUGUCAGCAGCACCCCUGGCUGGACGUUUACAUGGCACAGAAAUAAGCAGCAGCUCCAAAAUAACCCAGUUGAGAUCAUUAAUGGGGACGGAUCAUCAUUAAAAAUCACCUCGGUCCGUCAGACGCAUAAAGGAUCAUACACCUGCAAAGCUCACCUUACAUCUAGGGGAGUGAACUCUGGAUUCAGCAGCGAGGUUAUGAUCCAAGUUAGCGCUGAGAAACCCACUCUCACACUGACACGAGAUCCAGAAUACGAUGUGAUGUUUGCUGAAGAAGCGGUCACCUUCAGCUGUGCCAUCAGUGUCCACUCUGCAUGGACGUACCUGUGGUACAAAGAUGGCAGUAAGGUUACUGGAUCAUCAGACAAACUUAAAGUUCAAAUUAGGGGAACAGCAGAUCAGGGAUCGUAUACAUGCAAAGCAACAAGAGGUCAAAAUCCAGCCUUCAUCACUAAUUCAAGUGCAGCUAAACAACUUAAAGUGCAACCUGAGAAACCCACUCUCACACUGACACGAGAUCCAGAAUACGAUGUGAUGUUUGCUGAAGAAGCGGUCACCUUCAGCUGUGCCAUCAGUGUCCACUCUGCAUGGACGUACCUGUGGUACAAAGAUGGCAGUAAGGUUACUGGAUCAUCAGACAAACUUAAAGUUCAAAUUAGGGGAACAGCAGAUCAGGGAUCGUAUACAUGCAAAGCAACAAGAGGUCAAAAUCCAGCCUUCAUCACUAAUUCAAGUGCAGCUAAACAACUUAAAGUGCAAAAAAACAAGCCUAAGCCUACAAUAACUCAACAGCCAGAUGCUAAAAAGCUUUACGUUGGAGAAAACAUGUCCUUUGAAUGCAAAGUUGAAAACUCCGAUGGAUGGAGCUAUGACUGGUACAAAGAUGAAGCAUCGAUUCCCAACAACAGCAACAGUUUAAAAAUGAAAGGACUCGCUUUGUUAAACGGGGGAGUUUAUAAGUGCAAGGCCAAAAGAGACAAAACAGGAUUCAACACAGAAUUCAGUGACCAGCGGACCGUACAAAUCUCUGAAAUUCCUGUUCCAACUUUGAAGCUAGUAACCAAAUGGCCAGAUGUGUUCCCCACUGAGAGUGUAAAUAUGAGCUGUGAGAUGCAGAAGGACAGCGCUGACUGGACAUACGCAUUUUACAGAGAUGGCACUGAGGUCCAGCAUUAUAAUUCAGAUAAGGACAGAAAUCUUUCCAUCACCUCUGCUUCAACCUCAGACGGGGGAAACUACAGCUGCUCAGGAAAACUGAAGAGCAGGGACGUCUACAGCACCAAAGGUUCUCCACUAAAUCUUCAUGUCUAUGAUGCACCGACAGUCACACUGGAGCAGAAUCCGGCACAUAAUUUGAUGCACUCUGAGGACUCGGUGUCCUUUAACUGUCACGUUAAUGUUUCCUCUGGAUGGACGAAUCUGUGGUACAAAGAUGGAAAAGAGUUAGGUAAAGUUUCUGGAAACAAUUACAACAUCACUUCUGUGACAACAAAAGACUCUGGUUUAUAUAAGUGCAAAGUUAAAAGAGGAAAGGUCUUCGAUUCAGACAACAAAAUAAAGCUCGACGUUGAAGAGCGCCCAAAGGCUUCUAUAGUCCUGCUAACUGGCUGGUCAGACGUCUUCUCCACUGAUAGCUUGAGUCUAAAAUGUGAAGUAAAGGAGAGCACGCACAACUGGAUGCAUUACACAUGGUUCAAAGAGGGAGAACGAAUCGAUUCAUUCAAUGUGACACAUACAGUAACUCCCAGCAAUGACCCCGACCAGAGUACUUACACCUGCUGUGCACAUGCUGAUGAGAGACCCUUAUACUCAAAAUCCAGUGACUCCUUCAAGACCAAGAACCUUCUGUUAAAGAGGCGGGUGCUUCUUUCCAUCUCUGGCUGCAUCGUCUUUGGUAUCGCUGCGGUCUUGAUAGGAUGCGUGGCCCUGAGAGUCUUCCGCAAACCAAAUGGUCGUGAUGACAAAAUGGAAGAGGUCAACCUGUUUCCGACAAUGGCCGAGCUAAAGAUAACUGAUGUGCCGUGUCCACUGGUUGAGUACAUCACUGAUGCCUCUCUGAAUGCACCAGCUAAAGAAGAAGAGGAGGAGAAUGGCACAGUCUGCAGUGAAACAACACCCUUACCAAUAACCAAGCAGGAGGACCAAGCUGCAACGACUGACAACCAGGAAACAACAGAAACCAAUGGUGGGCUGAGUUCUUUUCUAAAAUGAAUGACGAAGUCUUUGCAGCAACAACAGGCCUAUCAAUGAGUCAGCAGACGUACUUCAGCUCUGUGAGGCUAUAAUGGUCAGUGCACACCAGAAAACAACAUCUUUGUGCGAUCUAGUGAUGUGGCAGUCACAGGACAUCUGAAACUCAGCUGAAGAUCAUUACGAUUGAUGUGAAAGGUUUUCGUUUUAGACGUACUCUGUCUUCAGGGCGAGAUAGAGCUUUAAAAAAACCAGCUACUGAAAAAAAUAAACAUAUCAUAAAAUAUGCAUGAACAGAUAUUUUAUACACACAUUUCCAAAAAGCACAAAACUGUUGAGGAUUUAUGCAUCGUUUAAUUCACAUUGUUUGAAUGAAUUUGGAUUUUAAGGCACUGUUAAAUA